GGAGUUUAAAGCACGAGAACAAUAUACCAGAACCCAACUGUAAAAACAGAUAGUUCUAGCCGGAAAUCAAUGAUCAGCGUCUUUACUCUUUUUGCUAAGAACUAUCCUAAUCUGCGAUACCCUAAUUAAUUCCUUACCACGGCUCAACAUCUUUAUUUCUCUUUAUGUUUUGAGUUUCUUUAAUUACUUCAAUUGCUGCAAUUUGCCAAUAAAAUAACUCUGAAUCAUUCAAUGACAGUGAUUGUUGACUUUUCUCAAAGCAAAAUGCAAAUCCUUAGUCCAAUCAAUGUGCAUACCAAUUUGUUUCUGGUUUCCCACUCCCUUUCAAUCAUUCAAAUCAUCCAUUAUCUAAUUCAAAUUGUAUACCUUCACUCCAUUCAAUUUGAUUUUUCAACUCCCCAUUAUUUAGUCUUGGUUCAUCUAUUGAUCAAAGAUUUCUCACCUGGGUGAAGCAAAUCAAGCCUGGGAUUUGUAUAUAUUGCAAUCUCACUGUCAUUGUAGUCAAGUUCCAACUGAAAAUUCAAGCAGGUACUUUAAGAUAUUGGGCAUAUUUAUACUGUUUAUGUAAGUCAUAUAUUAUUACUUUUAUUCCUUGGAUUCAUAUUUUUCUUGUGUUGAGAAAACUGUAUCAUAAGUGGGAAGACUGGGAAGUUACUCUUUUCUGUUGUAUUUGGUGGAUUUUGAUUGUUGGAUGAACAAUUAAUCUCGGUUAAUUUGCUUGUUAGAUUGGUUGGUGAAUAUGGCUCAUUUUGGGCAAGUUCAUUCCCCUUCCUUUGAUGGGUCAAUGCAUGGACAAGGUAUUGAAUUUUUGCCAUUUCAGACUUGUCAAGGGUCUUUAAGGGUUAUGUUGUUACAUGGGCAUUUAGACAUUUUGGUUAAGGAGGCUAAGAACCUUCCUAAUAUGGACAUGUUUCACAAAACCCUUAAUGAUUUAUUUGGGGGUUUAUCUAUUAAAGGAAUGUCUAAAAGGUUAACAAGUGAUCCAUAUGUCAAUGUAUCUAUUGCUGGUGCUAUUAUAGCAAGAACUUUUGUAUUGAGUAAUGAUGAAAAUCCAGUAUGGAUGCAGCAUUUCUUUGUACCUGUAGCUCAUACUGCUGCAGAACUGCACUUUGUAGUAAAAGAUGAUGAUGUAAUAGGAGCUGAGAUUAUAGGAGCUGUUGGGAUUCCACUAAUGCAGCUAUGCUCAGGUGCACGAAUCGAGGGGACAUUUCCAAUUAUUAAACCUAAUUCUCAGAAAUGGGAAACUGGAGCAGUGUUAAGCCUAUCAGUUCAGUAUAUUCCGGUAGAGAGGAUGAACCUUUACCAUCUAGGUGUUGGCCCUGGUCCUUAUAAUGGGGUACCUGGGACAUAUUUUCCGCUUAGGCAGGGGAACCGAAUUACCCUUUACCAAGAUGCUCAUGUUGAAGAUGGUAUGUUGCCUGAAAUUAGGCUUGAUUAUGAUAUGCAUUAUGUGCACAGGAAAUGCUGGCGUGACAUCUCCGAUGCUAUUUCUCAUGCUCGGAGACUAGUGUACAUCACAGGGUGGUCUGUAACACACUUUGUGAAAUUGGUUCGUGAUGCUCGAGAUGGCUCAGGUAUUACAUUAGGAGCUCUUCUUAAAGCCAAGGCGCAAGAGGGCGUUAGAGUGCUGCUUCUUGUGUGGGAUGACCCGACUUCUCACAGUUUUCUGAAUUUUACAACUAAAGGCUUCUUAGAAACAAGUGAUGAACAGACCUUUAAAUUCUUCAAAGGAUCAUCGGUGCAAGUUAUACUUUGCCCCCGAUCUGGGAGCAAAGGGCACAGUCUUAUAAAGCAGCAGGAAGCUGGAGCAAUCUAUAGCCAUCAUCAGAAAAGUGUUAUUGUAGAUGCUGAUGCAAGUCAGAACAGGAGAAAGAUCAUUGCUUUCGUUGGUGGGCUUGACCUAUGCGAUGGGAGAUACGAUACCCCUGAACAUACUCUUUUUAGGACUUUACAGACAGUACACAAGGAUGACUAUCAUCAGCCAAAUUUCACUGGUCCCACUGAUGGAUGUCCUAGAGAACCAUGGCAUGAUUUGCACUCUCAAAUUGAUGGUCCAGCUGCAUAUGAUGUUCUAAAGAACUUUCAGGAACGCUGGUUAAAUGCUUCCAAACCUCGUGGGUUGCAAAAAAUGAAAAGAUCUUACGACGAUCAUUUGCUUAACUUAGAUAAGGUUCCUGAUGUUAUCGGGUUACAAGAUGCCAUCAGAUACAGUAAUGACGAUAGGGAAUCAUGGCAUGUGCAGGUCUUCCGCUCGAUAGACUCGAAUUCUGUGAAAGGAUUUCCAAAGGAUCCAAAAGAUGGGACAAAAUGGAACCUUUUAUGUGGGAAGAAUGUACUGAUAGACAUGAGUAUACAAGCAGCAUACAUACAUGCCAUCCGUUCAGCCCAACAUUACAUCUAUAUUGAAAAUCAAUACUUUCUUGGUUCCUCUUAUAAUUGGGAUUCUUACAAGGACUUGGGUGCGAACAAUUUGAUACCUAUUGAGAUUGCUCUUAAGAUUGCUAGCAAAAUCAGAACAAAUGAAAGAUUUGCUGCUUAUAUAAUCAUUCCUAUGUGGCCAGAGGGUGAUCCUAAAAAGCUUGCUAUGCAGCGGAUUCUGUUUUGGCAGUACAAGACAAUGCAAAUGAUGUAUGAGAUAAUCUACAAGGCUUUGGAAGAAACUGGUAUGAACAGUAUAUAUGAGCCUCAAGAUUUCUUGAAUUUCUUCUGUCUAGGAAACCGAGAGGCUUCAUACGAAAUUAGUGAAAGAGAUUCUGUUAAUACUUCAAAUGGAAAUACUCCUCAGGAACUAUCCAAGAAGAAUCGAAGAUUCAUGAUCUACGUUCACUCGAAAGGCAUGAUAGUGGACGAUGAGUAUGUAAUUAUCGGCUCUGCAAAUAUUAACCAGCGAUCCAUGGAAGGUACUCGAGAUACUGAGAUCGCAAUGGGCGCAUAUCAGCCACACUAUACUUGGGCUAAUAAACAUUCCAAUCCACGCGGGCAGGUAUACGGAUACAGGAUGUCGCUGUGGGCAGAGCAUUUAGCAAACAUUGAGGACUGCUAUGUACAACCAGAGAGUCUAGAAUGUGUAAGACGCGUAAGAUCUCUAGCCGAGAAGAAUUGGGAACAAUUUGCUGCAGAUGAAGUUACCGAAAUGAAAAGCCACCUUCUUAAGUACCCUCUUCAUGUAGACAGAUCAGCAGUUGUUAGUCCUCUGCCUGGGUCUGAGACAUUCCCUGAUGUUGGAGGGAAGAUCAUGGGAAGUUUUAUUGCCAUCCAAGAAAAUCUUACCAUUUGAUCUACACUUUUCACUACCUUGAAAAAAAAUCAGUAAAAAUCAGUAAACUGAAUCAACGCUAUUCUUAAAAAUAUAUUCAUUUUUACACUAGUGCCAAUAGUUAAAUGUUAAUUGGUUCAGUGAAUGUUCUACCAAUGCAGCUCUUAUUGUUGUGUAGUAUUUAUUCACAAUAAAA